AUGUCCUCGUCAUACUUCUCCUCGUUCAUCUCCAAGCGCAAAGGUCUCAAGAACAUCACCCUCCCCGGCGUGCGACGCAUCCCGAACCCGCCCUCCCCUGCCUCCUUCGUCUCCCCCGCCAUCCUCGACAUCAACGACGCUUAUGACGGCUACGAUCCAUCUCCGCCCACCGCGGGCGAGGUCCGGCUCGCGUAUGAGCACUACGUCGAGUACAAUCAGCCCCCCUCGGACUCCUCCCGGCUCCAGGUCGACUUUAACCACGCGCCCUCGGCCCGCUCCUUCUCUGAGCUGCACGAACGCGAGCCGUCCGCGCAAGACAGCUCGCUCCGCAAGUUUUCGGAUGACACCGUGAAGAACACUCAGGACCCCGCGACUUGGGAGAGUGGGAGCGAUCCGAGGAGCGCAGGGCCGAGCGGAAGCGGCAGUGGGAGCGCGAGCGGGUGGGGCACGGCCACAGCGAGUGCUUCUACGAGCGAUAUGUCUGCGCGAUCCCCGGAAGCAUUCGGAAGUCCGUCUGUGGAGGAUGUGAUCGUCGUUAGCCCCGAGUCCACCGAGGAUUUUGUUGAAUUUGUGUCUGAAGAAGGGCACGACCCAUCGCAUCUGCGCGGCGGGUCCAGGAAACACGCGCCUCUGCCGCUUCGGAUCCCCGCUUCCGGAGCCCAACUGCCGCGACGCGCGAGCGCGUCCAACCUGCCCUCCGCCGCACCGAUCAGCGCGCGGUCUCGCCCGGCUUCGAUGGACUCAGCGGAAGCGCUAUCUGCCAUCUCUGGCACGACGCUCGCGCGCGCGAUGGCCUCCACCUUCGUUUUCCCGGAUGACACGAAUAUAAACCGGCGCUCGCGGCACCGCAGCGGUCUUGUGCGCCAGGACUCGGCCACUCUUCCGCGCGGUGAUCAGCCGUUAUUGAACUCGCCCUACUGGCGGCUUAGCAAGGCGAGCAUGGGCAGCGAUUUCAGCCCUCUCCCGUCAGGCGGACUCGACGUACCCCCCGUUCCGCCGCUGCCGAGCAUGCCCGCUACGCCCGAGCUCGGCCUGAUGAUUGGCGUGGGUUCGGGCGCGCGGAUACGGCGCGGGUCCGACGCGCGGGAGCAGCCGCUCAAGAGCGCCGAGGUCAAGCGGCGGUCGAGCCUGUCAAGCCUAUCGCGCAGCAACGGCAACGGCAACGCCGAGAAGCCCGAAACUGGCUACUCGUACCCCCGUCCAGUAUCCCGCAUCAGCGAGGUCGACUCACCCGCGCCGUCAGGGCCGUCCGCGCCCAACACGCCCAUGAAAAGCUUGCCGAACAGCGCAACGCUGGACCAAGUGCCAAGCUCGGCGUCAUACUAUGGUAGCAGCGAGCAAGGAUCCCCGUUGCCAUCGCAGGGGUCCUUGAAGAGGAAGUCGCGCUCUGGACCGGCCACGCCAGAACGACAGGUGACUCGACGGUCUACGGGGGAACCCUCAUCUUCUGGCUCGAAUGACUAUCUCAACCACAUUCUCGAUGAAUACGCCACUCCUUCGCCGAGGUCUUCUCGUGUCAGAGUGACGCGCUCCCCGCGGUCGAGCGUGAACGGUGGGAAGGGCACUUUGUCAACCCACAGCAGAUCAUCGACCCGCAACUCUCGAACGAGCACUGAUAUGCCCUCUACUAAGAGAGGUGGCAAACGCGUAUCAAACAGGAUAUUGCUCCCUUUGGGAGAGAACAGUACCGCUCUACAGAGGCGCAUGAACGAAAGCUCGCGCUCAUCCAGCCUCCAACCUGCGCGCAUUCGGAGCCAAUUGCCGUCCGUUCCCAGUUCGGCAUACAGCAGGUCCAGCACGGUUUCCUCGGCUCGCGCGAGCCAGUCCCAGCACGUCGCCAUCGACGAUUCACGGGCCUCCCCGGAUCUACUGGACACUAUGCUCUUACCCAUCGGUCCAUCGGCCAAAGCGGUGUUCAACCGCCAGCGAUCGGGUAGCACGCCGAAUCCUAUCACUGUCGUGCGCGACUCCAAGGACUUCAACUUGUACAAUAUCACCCUUUCCGACGGCACUGAGACCGACGGCACAUCGCCGUCCGCCGGGAGCGGGAGCGGUAGCGCUCCAGCGCGUGACCAGCGCUUUCCGGAGACGCCCAGCGCCUUCAGUCCGCUGUGGUCGCCCGGCACCGAAGGCGCUCAAGGCCCGGUCAUCACGUUCGGUGGCGAAGGAUCCCUGCCGAUCGCAUUCGAGAUGACCAUGGACGAAAGCCGGCCACUGGCGCGGUCGAUGACGGUGGCACAGGAUCGGGGGAGCUCGUUCCGACGACCACGUUUAGCGAGGUCGGCGACGGCGUCGAAGGCGUCGGGGAUGACAAGGCAGAUGAUUCCUGCUUCUGUAGAAGAGCUCGAGGACGAAGAUGAAGACGAAAAACAAGCGGAGUCUUUACCGCCUCCACCUCUGCCCCCUUCGCUCAGCCUGCCGGGAACUCCGCUGCGGAGCUCUCCCGUCACUGUGGAGCGCUCACCCGCGCAGGCAAACGCUGGCCAGACAUUGCAGCUGGUGGGUUCCACAGCCUCUUUGCUACUGGCGCAACACAGUCGAGCGUCUUCCGUCGAUGCGCCGAGCUCUCGCUCCUCCUCUCCUCGUCCAUUACCUCGUAAACCUCUACCGGGAGUGGGUCUGGGCGCAGAAAGCAGCAGAGCUUCCCAAUCUCGCUCACGGUCGCCUGCUCCAUCCGAGCUACACCUCUCCAGUCGUGACCCAUCUCCCGAGCGAGUCAGGGGUCGUUCUCCCUUACCCAUGCCCCCGAAAGCGCUGCCUAUCACACCGGAUCCUGCUGCGAGGCCCAAUGACGUCGCUGGCCCGAGCAAUGCGAGCACAUUCCGCGAUCCGCUUGCAGAUGCAUUACAGUCGACAAUAAAUGUAAAUACCACAGAGGACGCAGAACUUCCGGGCCCAGGAUCGUCCCAGGCGGAUCUCGUUGCUCCUACCACGGUGCCUGCCAGACCAACACCCCCUCGUACAGUACCAGACACCUCCCGGUUGUCAGCGUUCCCUUCCAUCCGAUCAUUAUCGCCAGAGUCCACGACGUUCGUUCCUCCGCCGCCCUACGAAGCGGCAGUCCAGAGCGAAGCUCCCGCCGUACCUGUGCAACCCGUGGCGCCUGCUCCCCCCGCUGCUUCCGUGCAACCCGACGGGCGAACCCCGCCGGCCUUUGGGCGGUCCAUAACCGAACCAGCGGUGCCUACCUCGGCCAGCUCCCCUCGGUCGCCUAUGAUCUCGUCAAUUGCUAGCUCGCCUUCGAAGCCUGGUUCCCCUGACAGUCGCCGGACUCGUGCGAGAGCGCCACUCGGGCCCAGGAGACCGAGCGCUAUGGCAAAUAUCACUAACAGAGAACGCAAUGGCUCCGUUUCGUCCGUGACUAGCACCCCGGGAAGCAGAAACAUGACCGGGAGCAGCCUGAGCGGCCAGCGCAAUGCGUCUGCGUCUGUACACGUCCCCACGCCCAAAUUUGAGCCCUCAGUGGUGGAGUGGAAGGGCUUGACUCUCGAAGCAGCGAAGUGGACAUUCACCUCGUCUCAAUUGCAAGCGAUCGUGUCAAGGGCUAUCAAGCAGUCUGCGGAGGCUUCUUCGAUCCGUCUGCUUCCGCUGGACACGUUGGACGUGGAGAUCCCAGAUGAACUGCGUCGCCUCAAGCUACUGAGUAAGGAUCUCAAGACCAAGUACAAAAUAUCCGUGCGAAAGCGUGCGACCUUGUUCGACUCCCUUACGUCUGGGUCAAGCGACCUAGCGCUAGUCCAACGAACCGCGCAAGAGCUCGCCGAGGUUUCCGCCACCCUCGAUCAGCUUAGCGAAGAGCUCUAUAUCGUCACGGACCAGAUCACGCAGCUGAACAGGUUACGAGAUGUUCAUUCCUACAGCGCGCUUGCGAUGGCCUUGCGCAAGCUCAACACCAGCUUCCUGAGCCAAGUUGCGGAGACGCAGGCCCUGCGACAGCAGGUUGCCCAGCUGGAAACGGAGCGCGACGAAGCGUGGAGGCAGGCAGAGGACGUGGCGCAAGAGUUCGACACGCUCAAUGAGAAGUUGAUGGAGGAGAGCGUCAUCCCUGCUUCGGUGAAGGUUUCCGGAGGCAGGUCCAGCCGCGUCACGAUGGUUCGAAAGAACAGCGUGAGGGCGGCCAGGGCGGGCUUGCGCACAUCGGGCUCGGUGCGCCGUAGCAUGAGGUCGUCCAUGGGAAGUGCGUACGCGCCCAGUUCUGCUGGACCGUCGACCUCGAGAUCGACCAUGUACUCGGAUAUCAUCCCCCCGGUACCUCCAGUGCCGCGUCCCUCCGUGAGGACCAGCGAUGUUCCUACCCGGGGAUCUUACGCCUCUGGUGAUGCCACUCCGGCCUCGGACGUCGAAGCGAAUGCGAUGAUCGAGGCACAGAAAGAGCUAUACGCCAUGCUCGGUUUAGCGACUCAAGACAAUCGUCAGCGUGGCCGUCCCCGCUCUCAGUCCGUGCGGCAAUCAGGUUCUGGGUCGUUCACCUCCCGGCCGAAAUCUGUUGAAGGGAGUGAUAGACCAGCAUCGUUGCCUCCGACUCCCGGGUUUGCCAAAGCAAUUGACCCUGAGGGUCGGGCUAUGUUGGCAACCAUGGGCAUGAUACCAUGAAAUUCGCAUCCACAUUCAUUUGUACAUCAUACCUGUUUCGUUCUGUGCACAUUAUCACACUCGUUCUUUGCAUGCAUAGCAUAUCAGCACUUGCCCGUACCUUUGCACACUAAUUUAUUAGAUGCACUACAAAUAUAUUUU